AUGGGAUUCCCUCACAACGUCGAGCCGGGGCACGUCUUUAUCCUCGUAUUCCUCUUUGGGAUGGCGUUGCUGGGGAUCAACCUGCGGACGCUAUUCGACGUUCAGUUCACCCGCACGGUGGCCGAAAUUCGCCUGCGAGAGAUGCAAGAGCGGGAGGAGCGGGAGAGCAGAAAGGAAGGCGACGUUAGUUUUGCACGAACUGGAACGCCUGAACCGCGCUGUCGAGCGCGUGGAGCAGAAGCAGGAAGCCUACGCGCUCAAGACCGACGCGAGGCUGAUCACGCUGCACACCGAUAUCCGGUCGCUGCAGGUCAAGUCUUCAACAUGGGGCGCGGUGGCGGGGGCGACGGUCGCCUUCGUCACGUCCCUGAUCGCCGCUCUGGUCGCCGGAAAAUGAAACUAGCCGCCCUACUCGCCUGCCUGCUCGCCACGCCCUGCUCCUCGCAGACGGUGACGCUCACGCUCGUGGGCGGCUACCGCGUGCCGAUCAACAACAUCGAGGGCACGACCACCCGCGCCCUGGGCGGCUGCUGGGACCUGCUCAACGGGAAGUGGAUCAACCGCCACGGCUCCAGCAAGCUGGUUGUGGAGUACACCGAGCCGGCCGAGGGACUGGGCGACCCGGAAGACGACUACGAGUCGUGGCCGCUGCUGGUCUACACGGGCCGCAACGCCGACCCGUUCGCGUCGGUCGAGAACAUCGGGCCGGGCGGCGUCAUCUGGCUGGACGCGGACACGGUGCUGUGCAGCGGCCGGAAGUCCUACCGCUCGGGCUACGUCGGCACCUGGAUGUGCACGCACAACAUCGAGACCGGCGCCGAGACGCUCAUCAAUAUGGACGAUCCGGGCGUGGACGAGAACGACAACUUCCACCGCUGCCAGGCGUUCGGGUCGGGCUUCUGCCGUAUCCCCCAACCGUUCGCGGACUCCUACUGCGACGGCCGCACCAUCGGCGCGGGGCGGGGCGGUUACGACGUGCUCAACUCGCCGAGCGGGCCGGCAAUGUCGGCGCUCGACUACGAGGCGACCGGCGGCGACAAGAUCCAGGUGCUGCUAGAUCACCCGUACAACCUGCCGGGCCAGCCGGCGCCACGCUCGCCCGAUUACACGAUCGCGCGGGUGGAGAACGGUUAUCUGGACUUCUGGCGAGACCCGGUGGGUUCCGGUCCGCUCGACGGGCGAUGGAUCGCGGGCGACUGCGGCAACCCCGCCUGGGUUCCGGGCGUCGGCCUGUUCUUCCCGGUGCGGCAGUGCAACAACACGAUGGACUAUCGCGCGCAAGGAGACUCGGGCUCGCUCAAGUAUUUCGGGGUGGGCGACACUACGCUUUUUUACUCGGCGAACAGCGACGGCAACCGCGGCGACCACCAAUCGGACACCGGGCUGCAAGACUACCCGGACGCGAUCCCGCUGCGGCGGGUCUACAUCUACAGCGAGGCCGAGCUGGCGGAGGUGGCGCAGGGCACGCGCGACGCCUGGACCUGCACGCCGCAGAUUAUCGACUUCCCCGAAGGCCCGUUCACUUGGGACAACUCCCGGCCGAAGGCGACCGAGCUGGCCGGCAUGUACUGGGACCCGACCCGCAACUACCUGUGGACCUGCAUCUAUCAGGUCUGGAACGACAACACGUACGCGGUGAUGGCGGCCUAUCGGGUGCGCAACGGUGGGUUCGUGAGAAGCCUAGCGAUCAUUGCCGCAUUGCUGCUGGCGGGCCACGCGAUGGCCGCCGCGCCGACGAUUACCGGCACGCCGGUCACGACUAGCACGGCGUUCACGGCGGGCAACAUUAACCUGCCGGGCACCAUCGCGGCGAAUGACUUGCUGAUCGUGGUUUGGGCGAACGACGGCGGCAACCAGAACCCGGCGCUGACCGGCUUCACGCGGCUGGAUUCGGGGGCCAGCGUUCACGCGGUGUUCGCGAAGAAGGCGACCGGCAGCGAGGGCGCCACGGUCGCGUUCACGCAGGACGCCAACGAGGACGUGGCGGCCAUCGCGUUCCGCAUUCUGGCGGCCGAGUGGACGCAGGAUUUGGCGGACGUGGAGGCGGCCUAUUCCGACACGGACAACCCGCCGAGCCUGACGCCCACGGGCGGGGCGGCUGAUUACCUGUUCAUUGCCACCGCCGGCAACGGGGCGGGAGCCACGGUCUCGACUUGGCCCACCGGCUACACGGCCAACCAGAACGAGCACAACACGGGCGGUUCUUCCAACAACGCGUCCGUGGCGUUCGCGACCAAGGCGACCACCAGCGCAACCAGCGACGACCCGUCGACGUGGGCGUGGGAUGAGACGAUGAGAUUUGUGGCUUGCAUCCUGGCUCUGGCGGUUGGCUCGGCGGCUCUUGCCGAUACGCCGCUUAAGCAAAGCACGGCUGUAACGGUCAAACUCGGCCCGUUCGUCGACAGCACGAACGGCGUGACCGCGGAAACGUCGCUGACCAUCAGCCAGGCGGACGUGCGGCUCAGCAAGGCCGGCGGCGAUUACGCCCAGAAGAACGAGAGCAGCGCGGCCACGCACGACGAACUGGGCGAGUACGACGUGGACCUGGACACCACCGACACGGCGACGCUUGGCCCGCUGCGGGUGAUGGUGCAGGAGUCUGGCGCGUUGCCCGUGUGGCGUGACUUUGUGGUGAUGCCGGCCAACGUCUACGACUCGCUGUACUCGACCGACAAGCUGCAAGUCGACGCGGUGGAGUUCAGCAGCAGCAGCAGCGCGGCGGACAACGCGGAAACGGCUUUCACGGGCACGAUCACCAGCUUCGACGCGCUGGACACCGCCCAAGACACCGAGCACAACGCCACGCAAACGCUGAUCGGCGUGACCGCGGUCGACCUGGCGACAACGGUGGCGGCUAUUGAGGGCGAUACGGACGAGCUGCAAACCGACUGGGCCAAUGGUGGGCGGCUCGACCUGAUUCUGGACACCGCGGCCAGCGGCAGCGACCCGGCGAUUCUGACCACCACGAUUGACGGGCUGACCAACCAGACCACGUUCAGCCUGACCACCGGCUCGGCCGACGACGACGCCUACAACGGCUGGUCCGUGCUCAUCAUCGACCAGAGCACGAGCACGCAGGUAGCCUCGGGCGUCAUCAGCGAUUACACCGGCACGGGCGCCGACGUAGUGCUGGACGAAGACCCCGGCGUGUUCACGAUUGCGACCGGGGACACGGUGAAAAUCUACCGGCCGUCGGCGGUUGAGGGCACGGUGACGGUGGACGGCACAGUCACCGCCACGGUGAGCGGCACGGUCAGCGCUAACGUGGUUGAGAUCCUGGGCACCGCGCCGACCGAGACGACCGCCGGCAACCUGGCGGGCAACUUCUCGGUGUUCUACGACAACGCCGACGCGGCGACCACCAACACGGUUGACGACGUGGGCGGCGGCAGCGGCCUGGACGCGGCGGGCGUUCGUGCGGCGGUGGGACUGGCGGCGGCCAACCUCGACACGCAGCUAUCGGCCAUCGUGACCGACACCGCGGAGAUCGGUGCGGCGGGCGCCGGGCUAACCGCCGUGCCGUACAACUCCGCGUGGGACGCCGAGAUUCAGAGCGAGGCCACGGACGCCCUGAACGCCUACGACGGCCCCACCAAUGCCGAGUUGGAGGCCCGCACGGUCGCGUCUGGCAGCUACUUCGAUCCGUCAGCGGACGAGGUGGACCUGGGCAGCGUGAAGGGAACCGCCCUGACCGAAACCACGGGCGGCAACCUGGCGGACAAUAUCUCGUUCUUCUACGACCUGGACACCACGACCACCAAGACCGUCAAUGACGUUGGCGUGGCCGGCUCGGGGCUGACGCAGGCGGACGUGCGGUCCGCCAUCGGCCUGGCUUCCGCCAACCUGGAUACGCAGCUCGCCACCGCGCAGGCGGACCUAGACACCAUCACCGGAUCGGACGGCGUUACGCUGGCGACCACGCAGGGCAACUACGCACCGGCGACGGCGGCGGCGCUUACGACAGUCGCCACCAACGUCAGCAGCAUUCUCACCGACACGGCCGAGAUUGGGGCCGCUGGCGCCGGGCUGUCAGCCAUCCCCUGGAAUAGCUCCUGGGACGCCGAAACGCAGAGCGAGGUGAACGACGCCCUGGUGGCGAUCCACCUGGAUCACCUGUUGGCCGUCGAAUACGACCCGGCCAGCAAGCCCGGCGUGGGCACGGCUCUGUUGAAUGAAACCGUUUGGAACAACAGCGGCGUGUCCAUCUGGAAUGUGAACGUCACGCACAUGAACGAGACGCCGCUGAUCGGCACUGGCGUUACCGCUGACAACACUGACGCAUUCAGCGAAGACGCCUUUGACUUUGGUGAUGAGACGCCGAGCGAACCGGCAACGAUUGUUUCGAGUAAGACCGUGGCACACAUCCUCGCCGGCCCCACUGGCAGAUACAUCACGGUCUAUUUCGUGGCUAACGGUGCUACCGCGCUCUACGGGCCACUGACCGUAACUGCGGAGUCGACCAACACAAGCCGGGUGACUGUUGGCAGUGUAACCGAUGAAGGGGCCGCAACCGUCAACGGAAGGCUCUAUGCGGACGGCGACGUGUAUUCGGUGGUCGCCACAGCCGCAGGCCCAGACACGGGCGUAACCGUCCCCAUCAAAUUCCGCGUGCAGGGCACGGGCUACGACCAGCCCCACUGCGUCGACAUCGAGCGAAAGGUCUGCAUCGUCAAGCUGCGCACCGACUACGAUGAGUUCGCCGUCUACGUCCCCGCGGACGCUACGGGCGUCAACUGGGAGAAGUAUUACCACGCCAACCGGCUGAACCCUUCCAACGCCGGCGCCCCGCGGCUGAUUCUGGGAUCGCUCGCGACCUGCCCGGCGUCGAUGGCAUCCACCGUCACCGACACCGAGACGCCCACGGCCAGCGAGUCGGCGACCAUCGCGCACACCGCGGCGACCACCAACGGAACCUGGACCGGCCCGGUGACCGUCGACAGCGUGACCGACCACUACUACAGCAGCACUGACGGCGCCUAUGUGGAAUACUCCAUUGCCGUGCCCGAAGGUGGCGGCAUCGAGUGGCGGUCGGUCUUUAACGGCACGGUUGGUUCGGCCGUGGAUGUGACGAUCACCCUAGGCGGCGGCUCAAUCGAUGACGACGACUGGAUGGUGGGCGGCAGCGGCGACACGCGGACGGUCGACUGCAAGGGCGGCUCCCUGCUGUCCCGCCGUAUCCCGUUGGCCCAGCACCUGCCGGCCGGCACCUACACAGUGCGAUGCACCCGCGCGGGCAGUGGCACGGACCGGAUCUACAACCACAGCCUGGUGGCGACCGACCCGGUUGGCGAUUGGCUCAGCAACGACACCGAGGGCCGGCGGGGCUGGUGGUCGGCCGUGACCAUCGGCUCGGACAGCGGCUACCGACUGCGGCAGCCGGGCUUCGUGCUCUACAAGGUGACCGAGACCGACCGCAUCCUGUGGUACGCGGCCAAGACCAGCUCCAGCGGCAUCGUCUACGUCGAGAUAUUCGACGCCAACGGCGACGCGGUGACGCCCAACGGCUCCGACCUAACCGAGUCGGGCGGCCGGUACUCAAUCGACAUGUACGCGGCCAGCCAGACCAUCGCGGAUUGGGAGCUGGCAACCGGGCUCACCAACGGCACCUACUGGGUGCUGAUCUAUGGCGGCGCCGAGAAGAACGCUUCGUCGUCGGACACGCUCAUCAACGAGAUCAGCAUUUCCGGGCUCAACUCCAGCAGCCCCGGCGACAUCUCAACCGACCGCAUCUUCGACACGGCGGCCAGCACGUUCUGUGGCAGUGGCAACCAGGAGUACGCCUCCAAGCCCAAGCAGGACAUCGGCUCGCCUCCCGCCAACUUCGUGACCGGCACGCACGGGUACGAGUCGGACGCUACGUCCCUGGUGGUCAGCGUCGACAGCACCCCGGUCGACUACGCGGGCGCCGCGGCGGGCGACAGGUUCGUUGGGGCGCUGCUGGAGAUCGAGGCGGUCACCGACGUGUACUUCUACGGCACGGCGACCAAGUGCAUCGAGAUGACCUACGGCUGGACCUACCAGCCCCGCGGGCACCGGCAGAUCGACGUUACGCGGGAGAUCGUCCGUAGCGACGUAGAGAUGGGCACCGAGUACGUGGGCAUCGUGCAGGGCGCCGCCGGCCCGGACGGCCUCACCCUCGCUGGUCAGGACUACCUGCCGCUCAACGGCGGCGCAUCGCUUGUCGCGGCGUCCAACUCGGCCAAGCCGGUCCCGGUCACCGGGCAGGCUCAGGCCGGCACGAACCAGACGCUGGGCACGGGCUUCGGCAUCCUCGGCCCGCAGCACCUGCUGGCGUGCCAGGUGGACGACGCCAGCGACAUCGGGGACGCGGCGGUGCUGUCUAGCGGCGUGCGUGGCAUCGCGACGGACCGCUCAGACGGCCAGUGCAAAGCCUACACGUUCGCCUCUAACGACGACGCCUACACGGCGAUAGCCAACGAAGACACGCUCACGGUGACCAGCCGGUACUGGCUGGGC